AUGCUCCGGUGUUUGAUAAGCCGCCCUCAGCUACUGCCUACAAGGCUCCCUCUGGCUACGCCGAGUUGUGUAUCCAGAAGGACAUUUCUUGGGUUCACCGGCGGUGACACUAAGGAGCAGCGUUAUAUCCUCAAGAGGGUCUUCAACGCGCCGCUGCACUACGUGUACCCUGCAGUGUCGGAAGUGUCCCUCUAUAAGCUUUUCAUUCCUUACUGCACGGACUCUUUCGUUAAUAAGCGGAGGCCUGGCGAUAACAUGCCCACCGAGGCAGGCCUUCGUGUAGGCUUCCAGCAGUAUGACGAGACGUUCGUGUGCCGGGUAGACUGCACGACGCUGCCGGGGAACCAGCGAAGCGUGGUUGCAGAGUCGCUGGCUCACCACCUAUUCGAAACGCUGCAUACACAAUGGCUACUCUCGCCUCACCCUACCAGACCGGACGCCUCUGUUGUGGAGCUGAUCCUGCGGUUCAAGUUCAAGUCACAGCUUUACAACAGUGUCUCCUCGAUCUUUGGCACGCGCGUCACGCAGGUGGUCAUGAAGGCGUUCGAGAAGAGAGUCUUCCAGCUGCGGAAAGAGGCCAUGGACAGGCCGCCGACCGGUGACGCUGGCCACUAA